AGCAAGACAUCAACAAAGGCACUGGCCGUGUUCUUCACCAGCGAUGAGCCUGUCGAAGCCGCCAAGGCCGAUCUUCUUCUACCCAUGUCAUCCACUUCCACGCAGAUCUGCCAGUCACUCAAGACAGCCAUAGGCGCCACUCUUCCAUCACACAUGGUGCCAACUGUGUACAUCCCAGUGGUCAAGAUGCCAUGGACCUUGGCGGGCAAAUUGGACCGUCAAAAGCUCAAAGCCAUUGCCCAGUCCAUUCCUCCUCAACAAAUGGGCAGCUACAAGCUAGCUGGGUCCAACAAGAGCCGAGCCCCAACUACCUUUAUGCAGCGCAAGUUGCAAAAGGUCUGGUCAAAGAUCCUGAAGAUGGCUCCAGAUCGUAUUAGCAGAGAUGACAGCUUCUUCAGACUCGGUGGUGAUUCUGUCGGUGCCAUGAAGGUUGUUUCCGCUGCUAGGAUGGAGGAUGUUGUCCUGACCGUUAUGGACAUCUUCAAGACUCCCGUCUUAUCAGAGCUAGCUACCUGUUGUGACAGGUCUGAGCACGCUACCAUCACCAACGUCGAGCCCUUCUCACUUUUGCAUGACCUUGUAUCCCCCUCUCUACUCCUUGAUGAGGUCGCUGAGUGUUGCGGUAUUCAGCCGAGCCAGAUACAAGAUAUGUACCCGUGCAGCUCCCUUCAAGAAGGUCUCGUGGCUUCUUCUCUACAGAAGCCUGGUGCAUAUGUUGCCCGCUACGUGUUCAAGGUGCCUUCAAGCAUCGACAUCGAUGGUCUCAAGAUGGCAUGGCAGAGGACUAUCGACCACGUCGACAUCUUGAGAUCCCGCAUCGUGAACGCUCAGUCCCUCAAGUCUUACCAAGCCAUCCUUAGCCCACAUGAGGUCGAGUGGGAGUACUUCAGCAGUCUUGAAGCCAGUGCCAAUAUCAGCCCUAUCCCCGAUCGCAAUGGAGGUGUACUAGCUCGUUAUGCCAUUAUCGACUCUUCUAGUGCUGAUAUGCGCUACUUCGUUUGGACGGUGCACCACGCUCUAUACGACGCUUGGAGUAUGCCCUCCAUCCUCAAGCUUGUCACUGACUUCUACCACGAAGAGAGUACCCUCCCACCAAUGGUUCCCUACGCCAACUUCGCCAAAUACCUGGUCGACACUGAUGGUCAAGCCUCAGAUGAAUUCUGGAAGGCCCGAUUCCAGGACGCCUCUCUUGUAUCUCAUUUCCCAACCACCAUUGCAACCGACGAGGAGCCUUCACAUACCUCUGUGCAUCAUACAGUACAGUACAGCAAGGAUGCCAUCGGUAUCGAUAUCACCAUCCCCACCAUAGUUCGCGCAGCUUGGGCACUUCUCUUAGCGACUCAGACUGGCUCUGAUGAUGUCGGCUUCGGUGAGACAUUGUCUGGCCGCGAUAUUGCUCUUGACCAUGUGGAGGAUAUUCUCGGCCCAACUCUUACCACAGUACCCUGGAGAGUUCAGAUCAAUCGAGGUGCUACAGUUGGCCACUUCCUGAGCACUCUUCACAAGCAGGCAGCCCAGGUCAUCCCCCAUCAGCACGCCGGUCUUCAGCACAUCAAGCGUCUUGGACAUUCGAUUGCUGUUGCUUGCGACUUCAGGAACUUGCUUGUCAUUCAGUCCGGCGAUGGCGACGACGAAGAAAAGGACCAGGAGCUGUUGCAGACACUUAACGAGCAAGUCGAGCACAAGAGCUUCUUCACUUACCCCUUGGUUGUCGAAUGCUCCAUUGAAGCAAACAACUUGGUUCUGAUGAUCCAUCAUGAUGAAACCGUCUUGACAAGCUGGCAGACAGAGCGUAUCGCUCAUCAAUUCGGCGCUCUUGUCGACCAGCUUAUUUGUCUUUCGCAGGAGCCUGAUCGCAUGGUGUCGGAUCUUCAGCUGCACAGUCAAGAGGACGCCCAGAUGAUCAAAGCAUGGAACAGUCACUCACACAAUACUCCAAGUGACACUAUCCCCAGCUUGUUCUGGCAAACAAUAGCCACCUCUCCCAACGCUCUCAGCAUCCGCGCCUGGAAUGGUUAUCUCAGCUAUGAGUCCCUCGCACAACACGCUACAGGACUCGCCAAGCGCCUUGUCCAGCAGGGCGUAGGAGCUGAGGUAAUGGUGCCUUGUUGCAUGGACAAAUCUCUCUGGACUUCAGUCGCCAUGCUUGCUGUCAUUCUUGCAGGCGGCGCAAUCGUUCCUAUGGACCCCGCUCAUCCUCCUGCUCGUCACGCAGAGAUCGCCCGUGAAUGCAACGCCCGUGUCGCUCUGUGCUCACCGCAGUACCAAGACCGCUUUAUUGGUGUUGUCGACACUGUCAUCAAGGUCGACGAAAGCUUGUUCAACACCCAUCAACGCGCCGCACUGCAAGAUCUUCCAAUUGUGGCACCCCAGAAUGCAGCUUUUGUCAUAUACACUUCUGGCAGCACUGGAAAGGCCAAGGGUGUUAUCAUUGAACAUGCCACAUUUAUCGCUAGCAGCAGAGCCUACAUACAAUGUAUGCAUCUCAUGCCAACUUCGAGCGUCUUCCACUUUACAUCCUACGCCUUCGAUAUCGCCAUGGGAGAGACGUUCGGUGCAUUUACAACCGGCGCUUGUCUCUGCGUUCCUAGCGAAGAGAUGAGGAUGACCGAUCUGCCAGGUGCCAUGAACUCUCUCGGUGCUACAUGGGCCUUCUUGACGCCUUCACUUGCCAACAUGCAAGAUCCUUCCAAGUUUACGACACUUCAGACACUUGUCUGCGGAGGCGAGGCCAUGUCAGCUGAGACUAGUGCCAAAUGGUCAGACAAGGUUGAGUUGAUUAACGGCUAUGGACCUGCUGAGUGUACGGUCUUUGCCGUUGCCAACGCCCACGUCUCUGCUGAUAAGGAUCAUACCAAUAUUGGUCGAGCUAUGGAUGGUUGCCACACAUGGAUCGUCGACCCCAGGGAUCACAAUCGUCUUUCUCCCGUGGGCUGUGAAGGCGAAUUGCUCAUCAGUGGUCCUAUCCUCUCCCGCGGCUACCUCAACGACGAUGGAAAAACAGCACAGGCAUUCGUUAAGGACCCGGCUUGGAUGAGCUACUUUGUUGAGAAAUCUGUUCGUCUAUACAAGACAGGCGACUUGGUCAAGUAUCGCCCAGACGGAAGCUUGACGUACAUCGGUCGCAAGGACAAUCAGGUCAAACUUCACGGUCAACGCAUGGAACUCGGCGAGAUCGAAGCCUGUCUCGAGUCUGAUGCACGUCUCCGUAAUGCCCUCGUCGCACUGCCAAAGUCUGGUAUCUUCAAGGGCCGACUGGUGGCCAUUGUCUCUUUCAAGGAUUCCAAGACAGAGAAUCCAGGCCUUGCAACUUCGCACUUCACUCCAGUUUCCGAUUCUGACAUGGAAGCUGCUCGCCUCCAGGUUUCUGAGUUGCAGCACACUCUAUCUGAGAACCUUCCACCUUACAUGAUGCCCUCUUCCUGGCUCGUGGUUAGUGCUAUUCCUUUGUUGUUAUCUGGCAAGCUUGAUAGGGUUAGCUGCCAGAGCUGGCUGGUCAAUAUGGACGUGGAGAUGCCCGAGUUUCUGGUUGACGGUGGUCACAGCGAGGAUGUUGUAGUGUCUGACACCACAGAGGCUGGUCGUCUACUACAACAAAUCUGGGCUUCAGUUCUUCGAAUGCCAGAAGACGUGACACCUACCAACCGCUCUUUCAUCUCUCUCGGUGGUGACUCCAUCAUGGCCAUGCAAAUCAUGUCUCGCUGCCGCGAUCACUCAAUCAAGCUCACUAUGCGAGACAUCAUGAGCGGCAAGUCCAUCACCGAAUUGGGUUCUCUUAUCGAGACCGAAGACCGACGUACACAGAGAAACACAUUGGAUGAUGACGAGGACGACAACCAGUCAUUCACAUUGUCGCCAAUCCAGAAACUCUUCUUCAACAACAGCUCCAACAAGGACCGUGGAGACCGCUUCAACCAGAGCCAGCUUUUUUCCAUCCAUGGCUCCAUCGAUAUAGCCAGGUUUGCACAAGCCAUUCAUACUGUUGUGCAGAGACAUCCUAUGCUUCGCGCCCGCUUCAGCAAAUCCACCAAUGGAGAGUGGACACAACAGAUUGCCUCAGAUACUGAAGAUUCUUACGGGUUGCACUUCCACGACGUCACCAGCACCUCCGAGAUGGUUCAGCUUAUCGCUUCCAGUCAAAAAAGUAUUGACAUCUCCGGUCCCGUCUUUGUAGUCGACCACUUCAGAAUGCCUGAUGGUUCUCCAACAGUGUCACUCAUAGCCCAUCAUCUUGUCGUCGACGUCGUUUCCUGGAUCAACAUCGCCCAAGACCUGGAGACAUCACUCUCAUCCUCUUCUUCUCUAUCACCCAAACCCCUCUCGUUCCGAAGAUGGAACGUCGCACAGAUCGAGCAUGCCAAGUCACUUGAGAAGCAAGGCGAAGAAUUACUUCCAUUCACUGUGCAACCCGCGGAUCUGGACUUCUGGGGCAUGUCGAACGCCCCCAACAACUAUUCUCAAACCACUCAGCAGUCAUUUUCUCUUUCCGAUUCCAGCAUCCUCUCCAUGUUGUUAAACGACUCCCAUACAGCACUCAGGACCGAACCUCUCGACCUCUUCAUUUCAUCUCUGCUCCAGUCAUUCGGGCAAUGUUUCCCAGGGCGUGAGCUUCCAACAUUGUUCAAUGAAGGUCAUGGUCGCGAACCAUGGGACGACACCAUUGACCUUUCCGAGACUGUCGGAUGGUUCACUUCCCUUUGUCCUAUCCACGUAUCUCAACGUAGCAUCGACCCUACCGACACCAUCGACUACGUUCGCAAGGUCAAGGACUUGCGACGUAGCAUCCCCUGCAACGGUCGUCUUUAUUUUGCUCAGCGCUACCUUACUGAGUCGGGUACGGCCCAUCUCGACAAACAUGAACCCAUGGAGAUCCUCUUGAACUUCCUUGGCCGCUCUCAACAGAGUGGUGAAGAAGAUACUGUCUUACGCUCUUCCAACCUAUCGUUUAGCGAGGAGGAGAACAAAGUCAUUUCAGAUGUUGGACCCAACACUCAGCGCAUGGCUCUCUUUGAGAUCUCCAUUGCUAUUCUUGAUGAAGGCAUCCGAUUUGCCUUUAUGUACAACAAGCACAUGCUCCAUCAGGAUCUCAUUCAGAAAUGGGUCAUCACCUGCAAGGACGUUCUCGCCAAUAUGGCACAGGAGCUCACCACAGCUCCAUCCUUCCCUACCCUGAGUGACUUCCCUCUCAUGCCCCUAGAUUACGCCGGGCUUCAAGAGAUAGUCGACAAGUCUCUCCCUGCCGCGCAUGUUCGCUACGAUGAAGUCGAGGACAUGUAUCCAUGCUCGCCAAUGCAGGAGGGUAUCAUACUCAGCCAACUACUUGAUCCCUCGCAGUAUCUGUUCCACGCUGUCCUCGAGGUAUCCUCUCCCACUGGUGUAACUAUCGAUGCUGCCCAGUUGGCCUCGGCUUGCUCGACAGUCAUUGAACGUCACGCUGCACUACGCACCAUCUUCAUUGAAAGUGUUCACCGUGGCGGCUCCUUCGAUCAAGUCGUUACACAGCCUCGAAAGGCUCGAAUCAGCACGAUCAAGUGUCGUGAGAUCGAUGUCAUGGCAAAGCUCAACGCCAGAUUGCUCGGAAAGACCAAUAAGAAACAUGGACAACCCACACUCCCCUAUCAGAUCACCAUUUGUGAGACAACACACGGCAAGGUCUUUAUCAAGCUUGAGAUGAACCACGCUGUCACAGAUGGUGCCUCUACGGCGACUAUCCUACGCGAUAUCUCGAGCGCCUACGCCAACAGCCUGCCGCCCACAAAGGCCCCAUCCUAUAAGGAGUACAUCAAGUACAUCUCCAACCAAUCGCUUGAUUCAAGUCUCAUCUACUGGAAGAGCUAUCUCUCUGGCGCUUGCUGCACCGAAUUCCCCACCAUGAACUCCGAUCACAUGGCUGCUAAGAGUCUCGGCUCCGCUACCGUGGACUUUGACCGGUUCUCCGAACUGCAUUCUCUCGGUUUGGAGCUCGGCGUGACAUUCUCCAACAUCAUCAUGGUUGCAUGGGCACUGGUCCUUCGAAAAUACACCAACUCCCAGGACGUUUGCUUCGGAUACUUGGCAUCCGGUCGCGAUGCUCGUAUUGAUGGAGUUGCUGAUAUCGUUGGACCUUUGAUCAACAUGCUCGUGUUCCGUUUCCAAUUCACACACGGCAUGCUUCUCAAGAGACUCUUCCUCGACGCUCAAGAAGACUACGUCAACAGUCUGCCACAUCAGCAUUUCUCUCUUGCCCGUGUUACUCAUGCACUCGGACAAGGAAAGCGUGGCUUCUUCAACACAGCUGUCUCCAUCCAGAACGCCGGUUCGUCAGACGAUUCAGAUGCUGGCGCACUUACAUACGAGUCGGUCGAUGCCUUUGAUCCCAGUGAAUAUGCCGUUACACUAAACGCAAACACCACUCGCGGUGAUGAAGGCAUUAUGUUCCGAUACUGGACCAGCGUUCUUUCUCACAACCAAGCCAAGGACCUUGCACACAUCAUGUCCGAGGUAUUAGGCGACAUCAUCGAUCACAGCGAGGAGGCCCUGUCGCACUUACGGGUAUCGCAGGAUUCAACUCUACCUACCCAAGUUGCCUCAUCCGAGGUAGACGGCUGGACAUUCCAACACGACGAUAUGCACCGCGUUGCUACAACCCCGACCUUGACAGUCAGCAGCUACUCAACAGGUCCUGGUCCCACGCUCUUCUCGCCCUCGGCCUCUUGGGGUACCCUGACCAAGGAUCGCUUCCAAGAGAAGCUAUCAGGGCUGUGGAAAGAUCAUCUUGACAUUGACACGACUGAUAUGACAUACGAGAGCAGCUUUUUCGAGUACGGUGGUGACUCUAUCAUCGCCAUGGCAAUGGUCGGCGACGCCAGAGCCCAAGACCUCCCUCUCACUGUGGCCGAUAUCUUCAAGAACCCAACAUUCGGCGCUAUGCUCAAGGUCCUGAGAGACAAGUCAUACAAAGAAGGCGAUAUGGCGUCUACCAACGACGACACUUCCCUAAUUGACUCCAAGAAGGAUGGCGUUGUCAUAGAAGAGCAUGUCUACCAACCACUUUCUCUCCUUGGACAGCAAGACCCUGAACGAUUCGUCCGAGACACUGUUUGCCCUCUUGUCGGCGUUUCCCGCGCCAGCAUCAUUGAUGUCCUCCCAACAACCGACUUCCAAGCCCAAGCCGUCCAGGGCAGCCUGUUAGACUCACGAUGGAUGCUGAACUUCUUUUACCUCGAUGGAUCCGGGUCGUUGGACGUUGCCCUUCUACAAGAGAGUAUCACAAACGUCACUGCCGCUUUCGACAUCCUCCGCACCGUCUUCGUUCCCUAUCAGGCGACUUACGUACAAGUUAUCCUCCGCCAUGUUCAGCCUGAUGUCACCAUCCAAAACGUCAACGACAUCGAUCAGUUCACCUCUGAUCUUGAAUCAGACCAUCUUCUUCAACCUGCACGCCCCGAGCGCCCCUCUCUCCGCUUUAUCGUUGUGCGACACAACUUUUCCCAACGACACAGGAUAUUCAUCAGAUUAUCCCACGCCCUGUACGACGGUGUCUGCUUCCCGACUAUUCUCAACGCCUUGAAGGCAUCUUACGAGGGAGAACCCAUCACUACCGCCCCCUCAUAUGCGACUUAUAUCUGCGGCGUAAGGGGCAGGGCCAGAUCCGAACAAUACACAUACUGGCGAUCUCUCCUCAAAAACUGCACUCCAACAGACAUCAUUCCUCGACAAAUCGGUGCCAUGCGCACAACUCCCAUUCAAGAUUUGAAGAAGGUUGUGGCUACACCCUCUCUGGCGGUUUACAACAUCACCACCGCUACUGUCGUCAAGGCAGCUUGGUCCACAGUUCUUGCCAGAGCCACUGGAAAGACAGACGUUGUGUUUGGUCAUCUCAUCAGCGGGCGCAAUGUACGCCACGUCCCUGGUAUUGAAGCCGUCGUCGGUCCUUGCCUGAACGUGGUUCCCGUGCGCGUGCAUUACCAAGCCUCCUGGACCGUACUCGAUCUUCUUCGACAUAUCCAACAUCAGCAGGUGGACAACAUGCCAUAUGAAUCACUUGGCUUCAGAGAAAUCAUCAGAAACUGCACUGAUUGGGAUGACAAUGGAGCAAUGGGCUUUUCUACCAUGGUUCAACAUCAGAGCAUGGCUCAAACGGACAGUCUAUCCAUCGGAGACAACACGUACAAUGUUGGUGCGAUCGCUUCGCAGGAGGAUACUGCCGACUUUAGUGUCGUCACUACACCGCAGGAUUCGAACAGUACUGAAGUCUGUUUCUUGUACCCCAAGGGUGGACAUGUGGGGAUGGACUUUGCUGAGCAAUUAUUUGAUGCUCUCUGCGAUACAAUUGCGGAUUUCUCAAAGAACGUUGAUGUUCCUGUUGUAGUCUAG